AUGGCAGCUCCAUCUAUCCCCAAUCUCCUCAGUCUGAGGGGCAGCAGCCGCGGAGGAGGCCGUGGAGGCAGAGGCAGAAGGCAAGGCGGCCCGGCAAAUUCAUCCAACGGCACAUCACCAGAUGCCGCUAUCCAGGGCACCGAUACGGAUGCUGCCGUAUCACGGCUGAGUGCCGUUGAUCUGGGCUAUCUGGAAGAUCCCUAUGCCAGAUUAUUUGUAAAUGGGCCGCCGACAAGACGCCUGCCCAUAAUAAACCGAGGCACUUAUAUGCGGACCAAGUCCCUAGAUGCCAUGGUGGACGCCUUUCUCUCGCACAACGGCUCAUCCGUAAAGCAAAUAAUAUCCCUUGGUGCCGGAACCGAUACCAGACCUUUACACAUGCUCCAGAAACCCGGGGCCGAAAACAUCAUCUAUCACGAAGUCGACUUUGAGCCUACAUGCCGGCGCAAGUUGACCAUCACUCAAUCAUCACCAGGUCUACGACACAUAUUCAAAGACGUCAGCAUCCACGACGGUGGAUCGUGGAGUGCUGAGCCCUCCAGAGGCGGCGAGUACCACUGUCACGCUUUGGAUCUCCGCGACAUAUCCAUAUCAGUCACUGAGCUACCGUCACCCAUCCGCAGUGACAUUCCAACCCUUCUCUUGUCCGAAUGCUGCCUCUGCUACCUAACACAGCAGGAUUCUGAAAACGUUUUACAAUUCUUCAGUUCCAAGAUACAUCAUCUGGCCGCCUUGCUGUAUGAGCCCAUGCCAUUGCAAGACGCAUUCGGUGAGAUGAUGAUUUCCAAUUUGAGAGCCCGGCAUAUCAAUAUGCCGUCGUUGGAAAAGUACAAAGACCAGCACGCACAACUGUCAAGAUUACGAGAAUCCGGGUUCGACAGCGUCGGCCAUGCUACGAUUGAAAAUACCUGGGAUAAAUGGGUUGACGAUAAAGAGAGGGAGAGAGUGGAUCGCCUGGAAGGUCUGGAUGAGGUUGAGGAGUGGAAGCUGCUGGCGGCGCAUUACGUAGUCGUUUGGGGGGCAAGAGGAGCGACAUUUGGCCCUUUAGGUGAUAGGACUUGA